UUUAUCUGAGGGAGGAGAAGGUAACAGGCUGCCCGCAGUCCUGGCAGCCUAUAAAAGCGCUGGAUGAGCAGCCCAGAGCCUCUGUUGCUUCACCUGAGCUGCACCAUUUUUUCCCCCCAACAAGACGCUGCUUGUCACGGAAGCUGCAGUAACAUGGCUCUGAACACACUGCUGGCCACCUUCCUGUGCACCAUCGUGCUUCCCAUCCUGCUGUUUUUAGUGGCAGUGAAGCUGUGGGAGGUUUACAUGAUCAGAGGCAGAGACCCGAGCUGCCCCAGCCCGCUGCCUCCCGGAUCCAUGGGCUUACCUUUCAUUGGAGAGACGCUGCAGCUCAUCCUCCAGAGGAGAAAGUUUCUGCGAAUGAAAAGGCAGAAGUACGGUUACAUCUACCGCACACACCUCUUCGGGAAUCCCACGGUGCGCGUGACCGGAGCGGAUAACGUCCGGCACAUUCUGCUGGGGGAGCACAGGCUCGUGUCCGUGCAGUGGCCUGCUUCUGUGCGCACCAUCCUGGGCUCGGACACACUGUCUAAUGUGCACGGAGCCCAACACAAGACCAAGAAGAAGGCCAUUAUGCGGGCCUUCUCCAGGGAGGCUCUGGAGCUCUACGUUCCAGUCAUCCAAGAGGAGGUGCAGGCUGCAGUGAAGGAGUGGUUGGCCAAAGACUCCUGUGUGCUGGUCUACCCAGAGAUGAAGCGUCUGAUGUUCCGCAUAGCCAUGAGGAUCCUCCUCGGCUUCAAGCCGGAGCAGAUCAAGACUGACGAGCAGCAGCUGGUAGAAGCUUUUGAGGAAAUGAUCAAGAAUCUGUUCUCCCUUCCCAUUGACGUGCCUUUCAGCGGACUGUACAGGGGUUUGAAGGCAAGGAACUUCAUCCACUCCAAGAUAGAGGAGAACAUCAAGAAUAAGGUGCAGGAGUCACACAAGGAGUCCAAACACAGAGAUGCUCUGCAGCAGCUCAUAGACAGCGUCAAGAAGAAUGGGGACCCAUUCAGCAUGCAGGCCAUUAAGGAGUCUGCUACAGAGCUGUUGUUUGGGGGCCAUGAAACCACAGCCAGCACAGCCACUUCUCUGAUCAUGUUCCUGGGCCUGAACCCUGAAGUUCUGGACAGACUGAGGCAGGAACUGAUGGACAAGGAGGAGCAUGGGAUGGACCUUCAGAAUCUGAACAUCGAGUCUUUGGAGCAGUUGAAAUACGCCAGCUGUGUCAUUAAAGAGACUCUAAGAAUCAACCCUCCUGUUCCAGGAGGCUUCAGAGUGGCCCUCAAGACCUUUGAACUUAAUGGUUACCAAAUUCCCAAAGGGUGGAAUGUCAUCUACAGCAUCUGUGACACCCAUGAUGUUGCAGAAAUCUUUCCCAAUAAGGAAGACUUCCAGCCAGAGCGCUUCAUGACCAAACCCUCCACUGAUUCCUCCAGGUUUCAGUACAUCCCCUUUGGAGGGGGAUCAAGGAUGUGUGUGGGGAAGGAGUUUGCUAAGGUCCUGUUGAAGAUCUUCCUAGUGGAAGUGGUCACAAAAUGUCACUGGACUCUUUUAAAUGGACCACCCACUAUGAAAACAGGACCUACUGUCUAUCCUGUGGACAAUCUGCCAACCAAGUUUACCAGAUAUGCACAAAAUUAAAUGGAGAUGUGGUAGAAUUGUCAAUUGAAAUUUGAGGUUUCCAAUAGUCUCAAAUCAUCUGUGUUUUAACCCAAAAGUAUCUCAAUUAUGUUGUACAUGAUUGAUGUACUUUGGGAGUUUUUAGGAAUAAUCAAAUCCUGCAGUCACACAUAAACUACUUGUAAUUCUUUUGGACUUUGGUUCAUGUGGAUUUAUGGCAUUAUAUAAACUGUACAUAUUGUAGAUGACUUAAUGCAUUUUACAUUUUAUAUUAUGAUGUUAAUACAUUGGAUUUGUAUAUAAUUUCUUUUUUUUUUUUAAGAUAUGAACAAACUAAACAAGAGGCACUGUACACAAACAUGGAAAACUUUGUAUCUAUAGGAUUAUGUACAUAUGUAGAGUCUGUUUAUAUAACUUUUGUAUCUUACCCUGUUAUUUAAAUGACUUAUUGUAUGGGCUUUUUAUUUAAUAAAGAUGUUUUGUUGUGAA